GUUGUGUUGUGGUCUUGUGGUGUGGCCAGUGCAUGCAUUACUUGCUCAGUGCUCCAGUACAAAUAAAACUUUCUAGAAAUUUGCUGAGUUUGUUUAUUUUAACGAACAAACUAGAUAUUAUUCUAGGAUUGCAACUUAUUAAACUCUCCAAUUUGAAAUGGAGAAAGAGAGAGUCGUAAGCUCUAGGCCGGACAGGGAAAUCAAAAAGAAAAUUAUCACACCCGGCGACUACACAUUAGUACCAUACGAAGAUUCUCGCUGCAAAAUUGUUUUAUCGCAUGUAACGUGCACCAAUUCAUUAGGAAAAUGUGAAAUAGAGCCAGAGAGCAGAAUAUUUAGUAAAGAAUUUGAUGGGAAUGUGCUGAUUGGCGAUAGUGACAACUUUAUCGACAAAGACUUCGAGUUGAUUUUGCAGCAGAUGUGCUGUGGUGAGACUUGUGAGGCUAGUUUAUUAUAUAGAGACAGUGAGGGUGUGCUCGUGAAAGAGAUCAAGUGUAAUAUUGAGCUGAAGGAAGUGACAGAUGAACAACUGGUCAGUGACUGGGGUUGGCAGAGAUUAUAUGAAUCAGCUUUACACCACAAAGAAAGAGGUGUAGAACUGGUGAAACAAAAAAGACUUGCUGAUGCAUUUAGAAGAUUCAAUAAAGCCCUCAAAUUUUUAAUAGCAAUAGAGCCAGUAGACCCUGAUGUCAUCGAAGAAGAAACAAUCAAGGAAAUGAUUGCUUUGAAGGUGAAGCUUUACAACAAUUUGGCAUAUAUACAGCUGCAAUAUAAUGAGUAUGAGCCAGCUCUACAGCUGUGCAACCGUGCCAUUCAGUAUGACCCUGAAAACACAAAAGCUCUUUACAGAAGGUGUACUUCAUAUACUGGUUUGCAACUAUAUGAGGAGGCCUGGGCAGAUAUACAGCAUGCUCUUAAGCUAGACCCGUCUGAUAAAGCAUCUCAACAGAAAGCAAAAUCUCUUAGACCUAUUAUAGAGAAAAUUAACAAAAAUUAUACUGAUGUAGUCAAGAAGAUGUUUGGUUGAUUAAUAUAAGUUUAUAUUUGUAUAAUAAGAGCAAUUCGAGAAUAUACUGAAGUAAAAGAUGG